AUGCCACCUAAAAGCGGUUGCCAAAAACGUAAAGAAAAAAUUAAAAACGAUUUGGAACUGAAGAAAAUUCGAGGUUCUUUAGACAAAUUUAUUCUGCUCAAAACAAAUCCUAUAGUUGGUGACGAAAAGAAAAAUGAUAAUUUAGUAUUAAUUACAUCUACUAGUUCUUCUUCUAUACCAUUUGUAAAGUUGCCUGCUGAAGAAGAUAAUAUCACUAAUUCUAAUUUAUCAUAUACUAGAAAUAUCGAUGAAUUAAAAAAUAAUAAUGAUUCAACAAUUACUGAAUUAAUGACAUUAAAUUCGCCUCAAAAAGAAUGUUCUGAUAUUGCUAUGAAUGAUACAGACUUACUAUUUUCUACUAAAAAUGAAAAUAUUUUGCUUUCAUCUGAUCCUUCAGAAAACUUAAAUACGAUUAGUCUUUUAGAUCUUGUGCAUACAUUGCCAAUAGACCGUUUUUGUUUCAAAGAUCAAGUAUUAAAAGGACCUUAUCAGCCAAUCUUAGACAUUUAUCCAUCAACUAUUCAAGGGAACAAACGUAGAUCUUUUCAAAAAAAUUGGUAUACUUUGUAUAACUGGAUAGAAUAUAGUACCAAAUUGGAUGCUGUAUUUUGUUUCCCGUGCAGAUGUUUUAGAGGUAAUGAAAGUAAUAAUAGUCAAACAACAAUAACAUUUUCAAAAGUUGGAUUUAAAGGAUGGAACAAGGCCAAUGAAGCUUUUAAAAAACAUCAAUUGUCAAAAUGUCAUGUUAAUAGUUCAACUUCCUUACAUAAUUUUUUAAAUGAAAAAUCAAUUGACUGUGUAUUAGACAAUGCUAAAGAAGUAUCAUUGAGUAAAAAAGCAGAAGAACGUAUUAAAAAUAGACAGAUAAUGAAUAGGUUGAUUGAUAUAGUGAUUUGUUUAUGUAAUGGAGGAAGGCCGUUCCGUGGUCAUAAUGAAAGUUCAACAAGCAAUAACCAAGGACUCUUUAAAGAAAUAUUAAAUUUGUUAUCAAAGUAUGAUGAUUUACUUAAAAUUCACUUUCAGGAAGGUCCAAAAAAUGCACUUUAUAGAAGUAAUAGAAUCCAAAAUGAUAUUAUUACAUCAAUACAUACAGUUGUUCUACAAAAAAUUAUUUCAAACAUUAAUAGUUCAUUUAUUUCAAUCAUGGCUGAUGAGACAAGUGAUGUCGGGCAUCGCGAACAAAUGUCUAUUGUUGUAAGAUAUUUUGAUGAUAAUGUUAAUAGACCUAUAGAAACAUUUGUUUCGUUAAAACGCAUGACAUCAGUAACUGCUGAAUCAAUUUUCAAUACAUUAUGUGAAUUUCUAAUUUUAAUUAAAAAAAACUGGAAAUCAGUGGUUGCUGUAUGCUUUGACGGAGCGUCAACUAUGGCAGGUAGUAUAAAUGGUGUACAAAUGAGAUGUAAAGAACAAAAUAAUGAAAUUAUGUAUGUGCAUUGCUAUGCGCAUUGCCUAAAUCUUACACUAAUUGAUGCUGUAAAUGAAAAAAAUUCUAAAAAAGUAGUUAAGAAUCGAUUGAUUUUUAAUUUCCUUGGAACUAUACAAUAUGUACACAACUAUAUAGAAAGCAGUCCAAUGAGACACUCAACACUAGAAAAAGUUGCUAAAGAAACAGGAAUUACUCUUCUAACAUUAAAGUCCUGUUCAAUUACACGAUGGGCAUGUCGUGCGGAAGCUGUAAAAGCUAUUAAAAAUAAUUAUAAUGUUUUAUUAACUGCAAUUGAUGAAAUAUGUGAAAACACUUCAGUACCUGAGAUGAGAGCAAAAGGAAUUGGUAUUUUACAACAACUCCAAACAUUUGAAUUUAUUUUUGGCAUGGAAUUAAUGAGUCCUGUUUUAAAUAUAAUAUUAAAAGUAAGUUCUAUGCUGCAGUCUCCAAAAAUUGACCUUUUGAUUGCAGCAGAAAGUGUAAAUACUUUAAAGAAUACCUUAUUAAACAUGAGAAAUAAUGAAGAAGAAUACAAAAUUAUAUUUUCCAACACUGAAAAAAUGUGUACAAUGCAUAAAAUCAAUAAUGAUCUUAUUUCUGGAAUAAAUUCAAGAUUUAAACAAGAUACAAUUUGCCUUAUAAAUGCUAUUGCAAAUAUUAUAAAUUUAAAUAUAACUACUGAAAUAGCUACCAUUUUGGAAAAGUUUGCGAAAAUUUCAUCAGACACUUUAAUUGCUGAAAUCAAACUUCUCAAGAACUCGACAGACAAGAAUAUUCCUAAAGGAACUACUAAUGAAUCUGUGUUUUUGUGGCUGGAUUGGUUAAAAGAUUCCAGUAGAUAUGAUAUUUUUAAUUGUUUUUUUAAAAUACUACAAAUGUUUAGCAUUAUACCCGUAACUAGUUGUUCAUGUGAACGGGUAUUUUCAAAAUUAAAUAUUGUGAAAAGUAAAUUAAGAAAUACCAUGGCCCAAGACCGUCUGGAAUCAUUAAUUUUACUUUUUACAGAACAAGAAAUGGCCUCUAAUGUUGAAGUAGAUUUGGUUAUAAAUGAGUUUAGUAAUUUAAGUAAUAGACGCAUGUUGUUAUAA